UAAUGAAAUAUGUAAUUAAAUCAUUAAUAAAUAUAGUUAAAAAAUCUUGAGAAAUUGAACAUGGGAUUUGCUGUCAUAAUAAACAUGUUCUGGUUCAAGAGUCAUCCAACGGUAUCACUGAUAACUGGGUAGAAAUAUCAAAGACUUCCUGUAACAUCUGUCGCAACACCAUCUUCCUGAAGUUGUCCUCUGUGUAGGAAAUAAUGGAUUUUAACAUCCCCUGUAUUAUAGAAAUAUUUCGAAAAUCAACAAAGGAUAGAUUAUUUCCUAAGUACGAAAAGAAAUUGGGUGUCAGAGGGAAACUUUGAAUUCUGAGGAUUUUAAAGCUGAGGAAAAGGCUUUCUCUGGGACAGAUGGUUCUCACAUCUUAAUUGUGUUACUGCUCCCUGCCAGCUCUCCUGAGUCUGAUACCAGGACCCAGAGGAAAAGGGUAAACUUGGUACAGUCGUACAGAGUAAGGUAGGGAGCCGUGACUCCUGGCCUCCAGAAGCGGUGGCACUAGCAAGCUGGGGAGUGGCUCAUACAAGUCCAAUUGUCUCUGGGCUUCAGUUUCAUUCCCUUUAAAUGAGUGCACUGGGUUAAAUUAUAUUCCGGUUUCUGAUGGACUGUCUAUGGGUCUUAUUUCCCUAUGUUUGUUUCUAAAUGCUCAAAUACUACAUUAUUUAAGGUAUUUUUGUCAUGCCCCCACCCCCCAUCUCUUUCUUCAAUAUAUGGGAUAGGAGGACACUAAGUCUGAGGGGAAGGAGGAGGAAGAAAAUCAGCUUCAGGAAGGGUUUAUAUCCUCAUCUACAAGCAAGCUUAAAUAGAGCUACCACCGCUCUGAGAGGAAUGGUUUACAUCCAAACAGCACUUUCCAGACACGCUCUGUACUUUUUUGCCAACAGAAUUAACUUUAAACUGAAGGCAGUAGACAGUUAAACAAGAGUCGACACUGGGAACAGCUGUGAGUAGACCAGACCAGUUACUUAUAAGGAGGCGACCGGGAUCGGAUGACAGCGAAUCAUGAGAGCUAUCUCCUCAUGGCGAGCACCCAGAAUGAUAUGGAAGACUGGGUGAAGUCCAUUCGCCGAGUGAUAUGGGGCCCUUUUGGAGGAGGUAUCUUUGGACAGAAACUGGAAGACACUGUCCGCUAUGAGAAGAGAUACGGGAACCACCUGGCCCCAAUGCUGGUGGAGCAGUGCGUGGACUUCAUCCGACAAAGGGGGCUGAAAGAAGAGGGUCUCUUCCGGCUGCCAGGCCAGGCUAAUCUUGUCAAGGAGCUCCAGGAUGCCUUUGACUGUGGAGAGAAGCCGUCAUUUGACAGCAGCACGGACGUGCACACCGUGGCAUCCCUCCUUAAACUGUACCUGCGGGAACUCCCAGAACCUGUUAUCCCUUACGCAAAGUAUGACGACUUCUUGUCAUGUGCCAAGCUGCUCAGCAAGGACGAGGAAGCCGGUGUUAAGGAGUUAGCGAAGCAGGUGAAGAGUUUGCCAGUGGUCAAUUACAACCUCCUCAAGUACAUUUGCCGGUUCUUGGAUGAAGUCCAGUCGUAUUCUGGAGUUAACAAAAUGAGUGUGCAGAACUUGGCAACUGUCUUUGGUCCUAAUAUCCUGCGCCCCAAGGUGGAAGAUCCUUUGACCAUCAUGGAGGGCACUGUGGUGGUCCAGCAGCUGAUGUCCAUGAUGAUCAGCAAACACGACCGCCUCUUCCCAAAGGAUGCAGAACUGCAGAGCAAGCCCCAGGACGGAGUCAGCAACAACAACGAAAUCCAGAAGAAAGCCAGCACGGGCCAUAUGCAGAACAAGGAGAACAAUAACACCAAGGAGAGCCCUAGUCGGCAGUGCUCCUGGGACAAGCCCGAGUCUCCCCAGAGAAGCAGCAUGGACAAUGGAUCUCCCACAGCUCUAUCCGGCAGCAAAACCAACAGCCCAAGGAACAGCGUCCACAAGCUGGAUGUCUCCAGGAGCCCCCCUCUCAUGGUGAAAAAGAACCCUGCCUUCAAUAAAGGCAGUGGCAUCGUCACCAAUGGGUCUUUCAGUAGCAGCAAUCCAGAAGCGGUGGAGAAGCCCCAAACCACCCCCAAUGGGAGCCUGCAGGCUAGGAGGACCUCUUCGCUGAAGGGGUCCGGUACCAAAAUGGGCACCCACAGUGUGCAGAAUGGAACCAUGCGCAUGGGCAUUUUGAGCAACGACCCCCUCGGGAACCCCGUGAAUGGACGCAGCAUGGGCUGGCUGCCCAAUGGCUAUGUGACCCUGAGGGACAACAAGCAGAAAGAGCCGGCCGGGGAGUCUGGCCAGCACAACCGACUCUCCACCUACGAUAACGUCCACCAGCAGUUCUCCAUGAUGAACCUGGAGGACAAGCAGAGCGUGGACAGUGCCACCUGGUCCACCUCCUCCUGCGACAUCUCCCUCCCCGAGAACUCCAACUCCUGCCGCUCCUCCACCACCACCUGCCCAGAGCAGGACUUUUACGGUGGGAACUUUGAGGAUCCUGUGUUGGAUGGGCCCCCGCAGGACGACCUUUCCCACCCUGGGGACUAUGAAAGCAAAAGUGACCGGAGGAGCGUGGGCGGCCGAAGUAGUCGCGCCACCAGCAGCAGCGACAACAGUGAGACGUUUGUUGGGAACAACACCGGCAACCACAGUGCACUGCACAGUUUAGUCUCCAGCCUGAAACAGGAGAUGACCAAACAGAAGAUCGAGUACGAGUCCAGGAUAAAGAGCUUAGAGCAGCGGAAUUUAACUUUGGAAACGGAAAUGAUGAGUCUGCACGAUGAACUGGAUCAGGAAAGGAAAAAGUUCACGAUGAUAGAAAUCAAAAUGCGCAAUGCCGAGCGAGCCAAAGAAGAUGCCGAGAAAAGAAAUGACAUGCUGCAGAAAGAAAUGGAGCAGUUCUUUUCCACAUUUGGGGAGCUGACAGUGGAACCCAGGAGAACGGAGCGAGGAAACACGAUAUGGAUCCAGUAAGCCUGCUUUCUCCCGCCGUCUCCGAUGGCUCUGGGAAGGACGUGGGGAGUCUUGGGAGAUCGUAUGUGGGACCAGGUGGCUGGUCACCUGGCUGUACAGAGCACUAACUGGGGAAGACGUAUCAUUUAUUACAGACAUUAACCAUCCAUAUCUGCAAUGUGUACCAAAGUUAUACCAUGCCUCAUAAUGCUACUGUCAAGUGUUACAACUGGAUAUGUGUAUAUAGAGUAGUUUUUAAAAGUAAACUAAAAAUGAGAAGCAUAUCUCAAGAAUUAUUUUAUUGCAAGUCUUGUAUUUAAAAUGUUGAAUCAAUAUGUUGUUGCGAUUUAGCUUGCUUUCAAGCUUCACCCCUUGCACUUAACAUAAGCUAUUUUUGGCAUUGUGUUAUCAUCCGCUUAUUUUAUAGAUCACUAUUUUUAUUUCCCCUUUUGCUGAGGAAAUGAAGAUAAGCAGAAAUAUAAAUAUAUAUAAAGAUAUAUGAGUUAUUAAAAUCAAAAGAAUACUUGGUGGCCGUGUUGUUUGCGCCAAUAGACCUUGCCAUGACCAAAAAGAGAAAUGUAAAUAGUUUUAUAAACUACAGUCGGAUCAGCAGGGACCUUGGAAAUGCUCUUUAAACUCUGCCCUCACACCACUCCAUUUGGCUUUGUGACGUGACUUGACACAGGCACUCAGAGAGUGUGUAAGAACAUCCCCUUCCCAAGCCCCCGUCUGCCUUACCAGAUCUAAAGAGCAUUUCCUAAGCAGGAUGCAGCAUACAGGGGAGACAGGUGACGGAUGGCACUUGACCAUGGCCUUCUGGACUCUCUAACUGCUGGAUGGUUAGAAGGUGAAUUCUGCCUGCCUGUUGAACGUUGGGAAACAAUGCUUGCCAAAUCAACAAUGCCUGUGUGCAGUCCUUCCCUCACCCAAACCUCUCCCCUGUCCCCAGCAGUUGCUCUUGGCAAGGCCAGCAGUACUGUAGCAUUGCUGAGGUCCUCUUCAUGAGCGUGCUCUAGUAGGUACCAUUUAGCAACAUUUUUCUCCCACGCAGGCCAAUGUCAUGUGGGAUUCUCUCUGUACCACAGGCUGGCAGCUUGCAGCAAGGUGACGAGGUAGGGCAGGGCACCAGGAGGAGGAGGAAAAUUAAAUUUUUCUGCUUUGAUUUUAACAAUGCCAUUUUAUGUGUUAAAAACAUGUUCACUCAUGAUAAUUGUAAAAUGUGAAUGGUUGAAAGUCCAACGUUGACACUAUGGUGGACAUCAGUAAUGCCAAGUUUCUAGAAAUACCCAGGCUCUCUGGAGGUGGAGUUUUUGCUAGAAUGAUUCCUCACACUUCAAUAAGGCAAUGAUUUUGAGAAGCCAAGUACAUAAAUCUCACAGCAGAACAAAAGGUCACAAAAGGUUUAAUCGGAAAUAAAGGCUACUUGAGUUUA